AUGAAAAACACAUCACAAUCAUCUGAGGGAAACUCUUCUUCUUCUUCAUCUGCAGUAAUAGAUUCUAGCAGUCCAUAUUAUCUUCAUCCCUCAGAUUCUCCAGGAAUGAAUCUUGUGAAUUUCGUUUUCGAUGGAACUGGUUUUGCUGCGUGGAGAAGGUCCAUCAUUAUUUCUCUAUCAGCUAAGAACAAGAUGAGUUUUAUUGAUGGUUCUGCCGAAAUACCAUCUGCUGAUACACCUGAGUUCAAGUUUUGGACUAGGUGCAAUAACAUGGUGAUUUCUUGGUUGCUUAACUCUCUUUCAAAAGAAAUUGCAGGGAGUGUGAUAUACUCUAAAUCCGCUAAAAAUCUCUGGACUGACCUUCAUGACAGGUUUGGUCAGUCCAAUGGAGCUCAACUCUAUCACCUUCAAAAAGGCCUCACAGAUCUAAUGCAAGGAACAACUGAUGUAGCAGGAUAUUUCACAAGAAUCAAGAGGAUUUGGGAUGAGCUGGAUGCUCUCUCCAGCGGAGAAAUAUGUUCUUGCAACUGCACCUGUGGAGUAAAGAAGAAAGUAGUCAAAUCCAAGCAGGACGAAAGAUUGAUCCAAUUUCUAAUGGGACUUAAUGAUGUUUAUACAGCAGUAAGAAGCAACAUACUCAUGAUGUCACCUCUCCCAAAUGUGAAUCAUGCGUACUCUCUCCUCAUUCAAGAUGAAAAACAGAGAGAGGCAUAUGUUAAUCCUAACUUUCCAGGUGACACAUCUUCAUUUCUUGCAACACAUCAGAAUUUCUCAGAAUAA